GACGGUCAUCUCUGCUUCUCCAACAUGAGCAAGGGCUGCCAGACCCAGGGGCCGCUCUCCGAGCUGGAGAAAGCCAUAGACGUCAUCAUCGAUGUCUUCCACCAGUUCUCGAGACGGGAGGGGGACAAAGACACCCUGACCAAGAAGGAGCUGAAGCUCCUGAUUGAGAAGCAGCUUGCCAACUACCUGAAGCACGUGAAGAAUCAGGCAUCUAUCGACCAAAUCUUCAGGGACCUCGAUGGCAACAAGGACCAGCAGCUGAGUUUUGGUGAAGUGAUGCUCCUGAUCAUGCGGGUGACGGCCGCCACUCACGAGCACCUCCACUUCUGUGAGGACCAACAGCACCAGCACCAGCACCAGCACAACCACUAAGGGGGGUUGAGCUGAAGGCAGCCACCCAGAGCUCUGAGCUCCUGCUUCCCCUUCCAACCCUCUGCCCCCCAUCCC